CCCUCAUCGUUACAGGAAAUAUGCUCCUUUGUUUGUCAUAUAUCAAAAGGGAUCUAGAGCCCACCACUGCAACCCACGCUCAAACACUGCUAUGGAAUUCUCCACCUCCCUGGCCGCCGCCCUCCUGGCGGUGCUCCUCUACGUCGCCGUCCUCCGUCGGUGGCACCGCUCCUCCUCCUCCAAACCCCCUCCAGGCCCAGCCGGGCUCCCCCUCGUAGGCAGCCUCCCCUUUCUCGACCCGGAGCUCCACACCUACUUCGCCCGCCUCGCCGCCACCCACGGCCCACUCUUCAGCAUCCGGCUGGGCACCAAGCUGGGGAUCGUGGUCUCCUCCCCGGCCCUCGCCCGCGAGGUGCUCAAGGACCACGACCCCAUCUUCGCCAACCGCGACGUCCCCUCCGCCGCCCGCGUCAUAGCCUACGGCGGCGCCGACAUCGUCUGGAACCCCAACGGCCCCACCUGGCGCAUGCUUCGCCGCGUCUGCGUCCGCGAGAUGCUCGGCCCCGCCAGCCUCGACGCCGUCUACGGCCUCCGGAGACAGGAGGUCCGGUCGACCAUCCAUCACCUGCACUCCCACGCCGGGACUCCGAUCGACGUCGGAGCUCAGAUGUUUCUGACGGUGAUGAACGUGAUCACCAACAUGCUGUGGGGAGGGACGGUGGAAGGGGAGGAGAGGAGUUGGGUGGGGAAGGAGUUCCGGAGGCUGGUGGCGGAGAUAACAGAGCUGCUGGGCAGACCCAACGUGUCGGAUUUUUUCCCCGUUCUGGCCCGGUUCGAUUUGCAGGGGGUGGAGACGCAGAUGGGGGUGCUGCUGGAGCGGUUCGACCGGAUCUUCGAGCCGAUAAUAGACCGGAGGAGGAAGGUCGGGGAGGGAGGGGCGAAGGAUUUCUUGGAGUAUAUGCUGAGGAUGGAGAAGGAAGGCGGUGAUAGCAAGACGCCUUUCACCAUGACUCAUGUCAAGGCCCUCCUCAUGGAUAUGGUUGUCGGGGGAACAGAGACCACAUCGAACACUGUAGAGUGGGCGUUGGCCGAAAUGAUGCAGAAACCUGAAACCCUGAGACGUGCCCGAGAGGAACUCGACCAAGCUGUGGGAAAGGACAACAUUGUAGAAGAGUCCCACAUUUCUAAUCUCCCUUACCUUGGAGCUGUGAUCAAAGAGGUUCUCCGAUUGCACCCGGCCCUUCCACUCUUGGUCCCCCACUGCCCAAGCUCUCCAUGCCCUGUUGGUGGCUACACCAUCCCGGAAGGCAGUCGAGUCUUCGUGAACGUGUGGGCAAUACAUAGGGACCCUUCAUUAUGGGAAGAUCCGCUGGAGUUCAAGCCAGAGAGGUUCUUAGACAGUACCAACAAGUGGGAUUUUAGUGGGAAUGACUUCAAUUACUUCCCAUUUGGGUCAGGGAGGAGAAUCUGUGCUGGGAUCUCAAUGGCAGAGAGGAUGGUCGGAUACUCCCUAGCAUCACUGUUGCACUCUUUUGAGUGGAAGCUAGCAGAGGGAACGAAACUGGACCUGGAAGAGAAGUUUGGAAUUGUUCUAAAGAAGGCUAAGCCACUGGUUGCCAUACCAACACCAAGACUACCAAACCCUGAUCUCUAUUCAUAGAUUGCAUGUUUGACGAUCGUGGAAGCAACUUUUUCUCUCUCUUCAUGGAAGCUUAACGAUCAUGGACUUAUGCAGUAAUCUACAUGUUUAAAAUCAUAACACUUCAAAAACUGAAGUGAUUAAAGCUCUUGUAUCCGAAGUGCAUCAAUCUUCUUUUCCUUGUUGACUAGCGAAAAAACUGGCUCAGGUAGGAAGUGCUUCCUAUUGUCUGGAAAAUGCUGAAUAUUAAUAUCUGCUUAAGCUUACAUGUCCAAGGUACUAGAAAUUUGGAAUUGUAGUCUGAAUAUAAAAUGCCUGGGAAAGUCUUGUAUUAUUAAAGCUGAAGGUGAGUUUUAUAAGUAAUUGGAGAUGAAUAUGUUUGUAUAUGAA